AUUCUGAGUCGCCUGAGGCGUCUAAUUUGUCUCCCCUCCUUGAGUGGAGGGUACGCUGCAGUGGAGCUUUUAUUUAACUAUGUCUUUACACUCAUCUACACUUUUAAAUGAAGAAAACUCUCAAGGACUGAGAAGAAAUACUGAAUGUUUGGAAAGUGCAGAAUUGCAGACUCCAUCAUCGUUUCAAGAUAACCCACUUCGACAAUUACAAUUAGCAUCACAGGAAGUACUUGAAAAGGCAAAAAAGAGUGGGAGAUCAAAAUGCCCGCGAUGCAGUAGUUCAAGGAUGUUUUACUGUUAUACAUGCUUUGUUCCUGUUGAAACUGUCCCUACCAAAGAAAUUCCAGUUGUGAAGUUACCUUUGAAGAUUGACAUUAUUAAACACCCAAAUGAAACUGAUGGCAAAAGCACUGCUGUGCAUGCUAAGCUCCUGGCACCUGAUGAUGUUACAAUUUAUAAAUACCCUUGCAUUCCAGAAUACGAAGAAAAAAGGCAUGAAAUAGCACUUAUUUUUCCUGGCCCCAAUUCAGUUUCAGUGAAAGAUAUUGUUUUCCAUCUCCAAAAAUAUGCUAAGAAAGAUGUUUGUGACAAUGAUCAUGACUGUUCCAGAGAGCCAUUUCCUAAGCAAGCAAAAAUAGAACCUGAAGAAGAAAAAAAUCUAAAUGAAUGCAUCUCCAGCAGCAGAAGUGAAGGCACUAGACUGAAGAAAAUAAUAUUUAUUGAUAGUACCUGGAAUCAAACUAACAAAAUAAUAACUGAUGAACGACUUCAAGCUCUUAUGCACUGGUUUCCAGUUGGCUAUGUGACUGCUGAUCCAGUGGACCCUUCCGUCAUUUCUAGAACUUCAUCUCUGUUCCAGUUGUAUUCCAGUCCUCUGUUUCCCUGAGCACCUUCCACUCCUUUCAGAAGUGCUAUAAGAGGUGUGACUGGUGUGUCAUGUGAGUCAGUCUCUCUUUUAUCCAGCCCCAAGAGAGAAUUCUACCCUCCAUGCAGCAGGUAUAUGUAGUGUUUAAAUCCAGUACAUUUAUUGCUUUCCUUAGCGCCUGUAAUACAGGGCAUAAGUUGCACUCAUGUUCCUUUUAGAGAUAACAGUUUUACUUUCCAAGAUGGAUGGGGAUGAGGUUUCCUCAGACAUAAACUGAAGGAAUGUUCACAUCAUAUGCAUAUGAAAACUAGAGGACUGUUACCAUUUUUCAGUUCUACAAAUUAAGUCAUCAUCCAACAUAAUAUUCCUGAGAUAUUAAAGUUCAGAAAGGAAUGUUUUUAAUUCUAAUUAAGAAGUUACUGCAGUGCUUGUUCAAAGACAUGAAGUUACGAGAAAUACUGGAUGGAAACAUUAAUGAAGUAAGCCAAGAAAAUGUAAAAUAAAGCCUGUGUUUUGUACGCCUGGAUUGAUAUAUGGAGUAAAUCUAACUAAUUGCACUGCAAGAGAAAGCAAUUGCGUCUAUCAGUCUUAAAAACAGGCAACCUAGAAAACUUGGACAAAACAAAACACUUCUGUAUCUUCUUAGAAAAGUGGCAUAAUAUAUCUUUGGGAAGCAAAACCAAAUCAGUUGCAUUAAAGACAGGAAAUAUUUGAAAGUUGGUAACGCUUAGGAUUGAUUACUUCAUUAGAAGUGAAACGAUCACUAGAUGAGAAAGGAAAUAGGUAUAUUUAGUAUUAACGAUUACUUUCUCAUAUGAGUGAUGAAGCAUAUUGGCAACAUCAACAUGGUUGUUAAAGAAACAGAUUGCUUUGGUGUUUUUUUCUCUAAAUUUGGCCUAUUUUGUAUUAGCCAAAUGUCUUAUAUCAGCUUAUAGAGUCUCUGGUACAAGGGUGUAUAAUACAUCUGCUUUGUUUUUUUUAAGUUUCUGUGCUUGCCUUCAGUUCUGCAAGAAAAUUAAACCCUUAAGGCCUACACACAGCCAGGAUAUUUGAAAGCAGAAAGGUGAUGUCCUCUGAGGCCAGCUUCCCUCCAGCGUCUUUUUCUGAUAAAUCUCUUGCUCUCUUCUCACAUUUUUGUCUCUGUUCUUCCCUCAAAAUCAAACUUUUGAGCAUGCAAUGCAAAGAAAAGUCAGAACUCUGAUAUGAGUUUCUACAGUCUUUUCACAACAGCAUGCACUGUCUUCUAUAUCUGUGAGUUGGGUAUAUAUUCAGGGGGCUACAGCAUGAAGGCAAGGCAAAUGUAAGGUAGGUGAAUCCCUUCUGCUUCACCUUAAGUUACUCACAAAAGUUGAGAAUUUAGAAGUUUAGGAAAGGAGUGGAAUUCUUGUCUGAAAUACCGGUUUCAAGCUGGUACUUAGACCUCUUGUAGGAAAUUUACUAAUAUAAUUAAAAUAAGAAUAAGCACAUUAGGAACCAUAAUUACUCAUUGCAAAAUUUUCAGCGCACUGUUAUUUCUUGAACUAGUGUAUCUCUCAAUCCACUGUACGAAUAUUCGUUAAGGCCAAGAGAGGAUUGAAGGCCCAGAGUAAACAAAAGGCUUCAUUAUGCGUUUAAAAUGGACAAUGUACAUAUGUUGUGUUGAUAAGGAGCUGAGCUUCCCUUAGAUGUAACAUCAGUGAUUAAAUAUGAUUAAAAUAUGAUCUUGCAGGCUUGGGCAUUCUAUUAUUGUCAUGAAGUAGCACAGGGAUUAUUUUGUGAUAAUCAGACGGAGCAUAUGAAAAAAAAGGAGGAUGAAGGAAAGGUGGGAGAUCUCUCUGAAGGGUGUUUGUAUGUCUGUAACAAUCUUAUUGUCUGCCAGAAGGCAUAUAUACAGGAGGAUAACUUUUAUAAGGGGAAAUUUUGUUUACAUUCAAUAGCCAAGUGGAUUUAAAGGUAGCUGUAUUUUCAUCUUAGUUGAUCUUAGAUUUAUACAAACAUUUAUUUCUAAUGAGCUCAAAGUAUUAGAUGCUAAAAAAAAAAAAAAAAACCCCC